AUCGAUUAUAUAAAGUCAAUCACUUUCCGCGUGAAUCGGGGUUAAGUUAUUCACUCCGUAACACCACUUCCUGUUGCCGCUCAACACGCGGGUGAUUCUAAUGCGAUGACAGUUAAUUAAUUAAGGACCCCAGAAAUGGUAAGAACAAUUGCCACUCCCUUUAUUAAUGCAGUCUUAAGGAAGCAGAAACUAUGGAGAUACUCACAGAAUUCCCUGUUUUGGGCUGCUUUCAAUCUCCUGCUGGCCUUCAUUCUCUAUAUUGAUAUACGUUACUUUGCCAUACAACAAUAUUUUGAAGUUUCUUAUCCUAAUUUAUGGUAUGCAGAAUCUGUCUUUUUUUUGCUGUUCUGUCUGAAUACCCUGGUGGACUUAGUCUGUUGGAUGUGGCCCUAUAUUCUGGGUAGCCAGAUAGAGCUAACACCAAAACAGAAGACUUUGCUUGGAGUUAAUGACACAGAUCCUGGAUUCAAAAUCUCUCCUUUGAAACCAAACGUGUCAUCGUCAACUCCAACCAAACUGAUGUUUAAUUGCAGUGGCUCGUCCCAGCCCCACAGCUAUUCGGGGAGUCACACCCCACCUGGUGCUGGCUCAUCAAUAUAUUACACACCCGGUUCUGGUAGUAAGUCUUCUCACAGUCCUCCUGGUUCAUCUCCAAGGUACCACAGCCCCAUGUCCAGUACUUACUCUAGUCACACCCCUAAUGUCAGUUCCGGUUCGUUACACUACAGUUAUUCCAGCAAUCACUCAUCACCAACCUACUGGUCAUCAGACAGUGCAAACGACAGUUUAAACACUUCCUAUCGUCUUAACGAUUCAUCACGCUAUGAUUCACCGAACCAAAGUGGUCUGAGAGCAAGACAUGUCACAUCUUUAGAAAUUUCUGAUAAUCCGUUUGAACAAAUCACUGACUUGAAGGCAUUGAGUCAAUAUUUACGAGAAGAAGAACAAAAAGAGAACAGAAGUCAACUGAGUUCUCCAGAGACCCUGUCCAGUAGCAGCACAUCAUUCUGGAACUACGGCCGCUCAGCCAGCGACAGUACCUGUGUUCUACGUAAAUACCAGUACCAGGUGGCCGCUCGUACUCCACAGUCUUCGACCACCACCAGAGACACAACCCAAGAUGUUUUUUCCUACACUGGUAAUGAGGUGUGGAACCGGUUUUCUGUGAGUGAAGCAAAUCUUUAUCUCUGGACAGAACGAAUACGAAAGUGGGUAGCGCUGACCAUUGUAGCUAAACUGGCCAAAGAAAUCCCCAGUAUUAACAACUGCUUGAAAAGAAUUGGUAGUGAAGAUAAUUUAAUUGGAGAAGUAAGCAUUGCCAACCUGAAACAAGUUGUACUGACCAAAGGAUCUCUUGUACCAACCUUGAAUUCUGUAAUUCCAUUCCUGGAUUUGACCUCGAAUCAGGAAUAUCUUGUUAAAAGAAUAUAUGAGCUUGGCAAAGAUGGUUGCAUGAGUGAGUUCUGCUGGAAUCAGGGAGGUCAUUAUGGCAAAGAGUGGGGGGAGCAUUUACCAAAUGAUGCUUCGCUUGUCAUGCAUCUCUUUUGCACAUAUAUGGACUCUCGGCUUCCUGUUCAUCCAAAAUUUCCAGACCAGCGUACCUUCAGUUCGCAGUAUUUCAUGAAAACCCCAAACAAGCCUGAUCUCACCAAAAAGUCCAAUUUUUACAUCUACCAAACAAACAUUAAUCCACCUCAUUUCCAGGUGACCAUUGGAGAACAUGUUUAUAAUUUACCAAAGGGUAGGAAUAACAUGUUCCACGCUCUACUCUUGUUCCUCUAUCACAUCAAAGCAAAGGAACAUGGAAUGCUAGGGAGAGUCAACUUAGGAUUGUCUGGUGUGAAUAUAAUGUGGAUCUUUAAUUGAAGCACCGUAUCACCCAUCACCUUCCUUGCUGGAUGUUCCUACCUGGGACUGAACUCACGACUCAGGUGCAUUUACAUCAUCACAAUGUGGCACACCUGUGUACAAGAAAUACUUCUCACUGCUUCUGUCUUCCAAAGAACCAAUAUCAAUUUUUUUGACUUUUCUCUCUCUCUUCAUUUAUAUAUUGGGUUGGCUAAAACGUCUAUUUUGGGGGUUUUUAAAGCAAAAAUCAGACACAAAUUUUAAACAAAAUGUGUUAUGUUCUACGAAUGAUAUAAUUACCAUUUCGUUCCAGAAUCCUUCUGCCAUCUGGUGGGCUGAUCCAUUAUUUCUUGCUCAAAGAAUUUCCUGUCUUUACUGGCAAAAGUUCUUACACCCUCUUCAGGGAAUUUCAAAGAGGGUGAAACAGAGGCGGGUGGAGAUCUGAAGGACCAAGGGUGGGCGAAUGUGGAGGGAGUGACAAAAUUUCUCAGCCAAUCCCCAGUAGCUUCUAUUUCAUCUGCAAAGAAGUGUGAAAACCGAGUUUGGUGCUUCAUGCAUUUCUAUACAAGAUGCCAGAGUGGAUUGUGGAUGCCACUAAAGAGCCCAAAUUUGGUGUCACACUUUAUUGUGCCUCCCUUAUAAAUAUCUAUGUAUGUAUGUGUGUUUGUGUGUAUGUGUGUUUGUGUAUGUAUGUAUGUAUGUAUGUAUAUAUGUAUGUAUAUAUGU